CGGCAACUACAUGACGUCACCUAUUGGUUCAAAAUGGCGUUACGGCGACGCGAAGCGAGAGCGAGAUAGGCGUUUACAAGCACUAAGCAGUCGCUAGUGGGAAUUGUGAGGCGAUAUACAUUAUACGCCGCCACGCAGAUGCGAACGCGAAACGAACGCUAGUUUAACCUAAAUUUAUAAUAUCGAUUACAAGUUUUUCAUUUCAGACAUGAAUACAAUUGAUAUAGAAAGGCUCAUCGAGAUCGUGAAACGGUAUCCCAUGUUAUAUGACACGCGACACAUACAGUACAAUAAUUUCACCAUGAAGACUCAAACGUGGAAACAAGUUGCCAAAGAACUGAAUGACGGCAUUUCAGGUGAAGUUUUAAGAAUAAAAUGGAAAGGCCUUAAAGAUGGAUACAGAAAAUAUAAAAAGUUCAAAUGUGGAGUUGCACCGAAUAAUAAAUCGUGGCACAGCUGGUGUUGGAGCGAAAACUUGAAGUUCCUCGAUAAUUAUGAGAUAAGAAAGAUUAUUCCUAAAAAGGGCUCGACGGACAAAUCCAAACAAACGCCGAAAGAAAAUGUUGUUGCUGUUGAUGAAGAGUUUGUUGACAAAAACGAAUUAGAUGCCAUAGACUACUUAUUCACCAGUUACGCGUGUACAUUUAAAACAUUUUCACUAAGAAGUCAGUGUAUGAUAAAGUUACAAAUGGCUCAGGUAUUUUCUGAAGCGGAAUUAGCUGAGAUCGAAAGUACAACAGAGGCUAUUGAUACUGCAGAAAAGGAUAAUGACAAUGACUUUAAAAUAGAGGAAGAUCCAAUUAUUAUUAAACGUGUAAAAAUGGAGAACGAUGACGAUCCUCUAGAAAGUAACGCAAUAUUAUAAAAGUAGGAAUGUGUAUACCGACUGUGUACUGUGUAAAUAAAAACCU